CAGGGGGGCAGCGGGAAUACCGAACGCAGACGCCUAACCGCCAGCGUGUGGCCGUGGAACCUACAGCAGGCACGCUAUAACCCGACCAGGCGCCAGAAAGAGGAUCCGACCCCCGGACCGCCGCGGGCCGCUGCGCAGUCUGCAGAGGCUCAUCGACAGCGCUCGAGACAUGGAGCCUCCGCCCAGACGCAGCCACGAAGACGCCGGUUACCUCAGCCUGGGAGUCGAGGAGCUCCAGGAAGAACCGCAUGAUACGAAGCCUACCGCCGCGACCUCGGUAAUCGUAACGGGAAAAGCUGUCAAGGAAGAUCCACGGCCCGAACCUGAGCAGGGAGCAGCAGCAGCAGAACAAGGCCAUGUAGGCGCGGGAGCUCCCGGCCUCAUGGACGACGAGACCCAGAAGGGCGGCGGCGGCGGCGGUGAGGAAUCCCCGCAGCAGGAGCAGGAGCUGGCCCACGCGGCCACCGAGGAUCCGGAACGCGAGGGCAGCCAGCUGUUCUUCCCCUGCAACCCGUAUGGCUGGGUGCAACUGAAGGAUCUGGAGAGAAUUUUCCAACGCAGCCAGUACCCCGACGUGUUCGCACGAACGGAUGUUACAAUACGCAUGGAUGUGACUGAAGCCGAAGGGCAGGUCAGCAAGCCUGAAAAAAACAACUUGCCAGAGUAGCCAUUGUAAAGCCUGCCUCAGGACUUGGAUACUUUUGUUCUAGACAUUCUCAUGUUGUUGUUUUUGAUGCCUUUUCCAUGUUUGGGAAAUGAGUUUUGAACUUUGGGGGUUUUGGCAAGUGGAAAAUUAGAUAAUUAAACCCCAGUUUAUGGAAAUUGUCCAUUAUCAGAAGUAACAUAAUUUCCUAAGGGAAAAAGAAAAUAAAAGAGAACCAAACUGUUUCUCCUAUGUCUUGAACAAAAUUAAAUCUAAAUAAAGUUCAAUUCCUUCUAA